AUGGGGUGCUAUGCCCUGCUGCUGCUUAUAUCUGCCUUCUCCUCUCUUGCCGUAAUCCAUUCCGCUGGCCCACAGCAGGUCCACACAUGGGCAUUCUUCAUUCAGAUGACCUGGCAAACACUGUGCCAUCUUGGGCUGCAUUACAAAGAAUAUUACCUACAAGAAGCUGCAUGUAUCAGGUAAAGAUGUGCUCGCUCUAGUCUAGUGUAUCGGUUGGUUGACGGAGUUAGUCUCGGAGGAGUUUACUUUGCAUUAUUUCAGUACACAUAGAAACAGUAGACAGACCAAUUGGAUUCAAAGUGUCCUUUCCUGGGUGGUAUAACUGGUUUUCUUACUAAUUUUAUUGUCAUUGAACUUAAUGGGAAUUAUACCCAGUAUAAACAGGAGCAGUAGUGUAAUACCUUUAUUAAAGGUAAAGGUAAAGGGACAACUGACCAUUAGGUCCGGUUGUGACCAACUCUGGGGUUGCGGCACUCAUCUCGCUUUAUUGGCCGAGGGAGCUGGCAUACAGCUUCCGGAUCAUGUGGCCAGCAUGACUAAGCCACUCCUGGUGAACCAGAGCAGCGCACGGAAACGCUGUUUACCUUCCCGCCAGAGCGGUACCUAUUUAUCUACUCGCACUUUGAAGUGCUUUUGAACUGCUAGGUUGGCAGGAGCUGGGAUCGACCAACAGAAGCUCACCCCGUGGUGGGGAUUCGAACCGCCAACCUUCUGAUCGUCAAGUUCUAGGCUCUGUGGUUUAACCCACAGCGCCACCCUAAUAAAAAUACCUUUAUUAGGACAAACUAAACUAUCACUAAUCAGUGAGCUUCUUUUUGAGGAGGGAUAGUCAACCUUUUUAUUUCCAUGAGCACAUUUGGACUUUUGAGUAAGUGAUGUGUUGCCGCCACCCCUUCUGUUCACUUCCCGGAUCAGACUUCCCUGCAAAAAGAGACCCAAGGUGGGCAAGAAUACACAUACAAAUUUUGCUCUUAAAAGGAUCUCCGUAAAAGUCAGCUCCUGAGCCAUGAAAAGUACACAAGACUUAAAAGACAAGCAGCUCUAUUUACUUUUGAAGCGGGAAAAUAUAAACCAGACAGACUGGUUUAUUAGCCAUUUCCUGUUGCCCAUGGGAUCCAGGGAAUUUUAGUUCUGUGAGGCGGUUUGAGAUAUCUAACAAAAAAUGUUCAGCACCCUCACCAAAACUACAAUUCCUGGCAUUCUUUCGGAUGCUUAAAAUGGGAUGUGACAUAGGCUCUCUAACAGAAUUGCCGAGACCUAAAACUUGGUGGCUCUUAAAUGCAAAUUGUGUGCUCUUCUGUCACUGAGCUGGGCUACGUGGCUGGCGCUGUAGGUUAAACCACAGAGCCUAGGGCUUGCCGAUCAGAAGGUCGGCGGUUCAAAUCCCCAUGAUGGGGUGAGCUCCCGUUGCUCAGUCCCUGCUCCUGCCAACCUAGCAGUUCGAAAGCACGUCAAAGUGCAAGUGGAUAAAUAGGUACCACUCCGGUGGGAAGGUAAACGGCGUUUCCGUGCGCUGCUCUGGUUCGCCAGAAGCGGCUUAGUCAUGCUGGCCACAUGACCCGGAAGCUUUACGCCGGCUCCCUCGGCCAAUAAAGCGAGAUGAGCGCCGCAACCCCAGAGUCGGCCACGACUGGACCUAAUGGUCAGGGGUCCCUUUACAUUUAUCUUGGGUUACAAAUACUUUGGGUUACAAACACUUCAGGUUACAAACUCCGCUAACCCAGAAGUAGUACCUCGGAUUGAGAACUUUGCCCCAGGAUGAGAACGGAAAUCGUGCGGCGGCGGGAGGCCCCAUUAGUGAAAGCACGUCUCAGGUUAAGUACGGUUUCAGGUUAAGAAUGGACCUCCAGAACGAAUUAAGUUCGUAAUUCCUUUAGUGGAAUGUGGUACAGAGCAUGGUCUUUGCUAUGACUGUUCAGGGCAGCUAACCAAUUACAGGUCCAUGUACACUGCAGUUAUCAUCCUUACGCCGUUUAUCCAUACAGUUCUUUAAUGUAGACAGUAAGCUUCCUAUAAGGGACGCGGGUGGCGCCGUGGGUUAAACCACAGAGCCUAGGACUUGCCCAUCAGAAGGUCGGCAGUUCGAAUCCCCACGAUGGGGUGAGCUCCCGUUGCUUGGUCCCUGCUCCUGCCAACCUAGCAGUUCGAAAGCACAUCAAAGUGCAAGUAGAUAAAUAGAUACCACUCCGGCGGGAAGGUAAACGGUGUUUCCGUGUGCUGCUCUGGUUCGCCAGAAGCGGCUUAGUCAUGCUGGCCACAUGACCCGGAAGCUGUACACUGGCUCCCUCGGUCAAUAAAGCGAGAUGAGUGCCGCAACCCAGAGUCGGCCACGACUGGACCUAAUGGUCAGGCGUCUCUUUACCUUUUACCUGUCACUGAGCUAACCUUUUGCUCUGUUUCAGAUUGCCCAUUGCCCUUUCUGCCCUCAUGCUGAUGACCCAGAAAGUCACCUCACUGGCUUUGGAUAUCCAUGAAAACAAAGUGAGGGUGGGCUUGCCAUCUGAAGAGAGGAGAUCCUUUUGCUGGCACCUGCUCCAGGCACUGCCAUUGUGUACUUAUCUGCUGUGUUUCCCAACCCUGCUGGGAGGCCCUCUGUGCUCUUUCCGCAGAUUUCAGGCAUGGGUAAGGUAUUCCAAGGCUCCCUUUUCUUCAGGUCUCCUCUGGGCUGCCACUCAAAAAGGCCUGGGGGCUCUGACUCUGGGCCUGUUGAACAAUAUCGUGAGGGGAUACAUUUCCGCUCUGGACGACCUAAUCGACUGCACCCACUUUGACUGUGUUUACGUCGUGUGGACCUCAGCCCUGUGCUUGAGGCUCACUUAUUACUCUCACUGGCUGCUUGACGAGUCCCUCUUCCUUGCUGCCGGUUUGGGGCUGGAUCUUGGCCACCACCAAUAUUCAGCAGCUGCCGACAGAGUCGUCAUGGACACAGACAUUUGGACCCUAGAAACAACCAACACAAUUGCUGGCUUCACCCGAACAUGGAACAAGAGCACAGCCCAGUGGCUGAGGCGGCUCAUAUUCCAGCAGAGCAGUUCACAUCCUCUCCUGGCCACCUUUGCCUUCUCAGCCUGGUGGCAUGGCCUCCGCCCUGGCCAGGUCUUUGGGUUUCUGUGCUGGGCCGUUAUGGUGGAAGCAGACUACCGCUUCCAUCGCUUUUUUGGUUCAGUGGCAAAAUCCCGGCUUCAGAGGCUGCUGUACCAAACUGUGACCUGGUGUCAUACACAACUGGUGGUGGCGUACAUUAUGACUGCUGUUGAGAUGAGGAGUGUCUCCAUGCUUUGGCGGCUGUUGUCUUCGUACAAUAGCUUCUUUCCAUUAGUCUCUGUCACUGUGCUCCUCCUGUUAGUAAAGAAAUGA